GGUUUAAAAAACCAAUGCCGGAUGUACCAAUGUUUACAUUGUAGGGGUGGAAGCUUGGCAGAUAAGCGUCCACAUCUUUUUUUUAAAACUUGUAUUUUAAUUUAAACCUUUAUAUUUAUGAUUUAAUACGUUUGUUCAAUUUGUGUAUUAUUGAGAAAUGGUUAAUAACAGGAAGUCUUGUGUGUGUAUUUACUUUUAAAUAGGCGUGAAUGGGCUCGCCUAACAGGAAGCGUCCAUGUCCCAAAUAAAGGGUUUAGAAAUUAAAAUGAAAGAAUGUAGAAACAGGAAGUGUAAUUGUUUAUUUAAUUCUAACAUCUUGUAAAUAAGUUAUUUAAAGAUAUAGCUGUAUAUGUAGCUAAUAACUGUUCUUAGCUUAUGUCUGUAUGUGUGUAUAAGCUCAGAUGAUGAAUCUAGCCUCAUGGAUUUGGAGUGUAUAGAAGUAAUAGAAGUGAGAAUAGAAUAAAAUAAAAUAGAAUAGAAAUUUCUGACAUGUUUAUCAGAUGAUCCACCAGGCUGUGCUACAAUGAGGCCAUGGUUGUGGUUUGGCUCCAGCAGAUCAGGUGUGUGUAGUGGCACAGCUCUGAUCCUGAUCCUGAUGAUAUUAGUCUGGCUUUGUGGAAUUCACGCCAGUCUGAGUUUAGGGCCAGGAGGUGACUUCCCAGGUGUUUAUGAUUUUAUCUUCUACGCUGUGAGUCAUGAGGAGUUUGUGUCUUUGCUCCACGACGUCGUCCUCUUGCUGUAUCUCGGCCCGAGUCAGGAGAGGAAAUGGGGCACGCUGGUCUUCCUUGUCCUGUCUCUUGUCUCUACGGUGCUCCUGCCACCUAUUUACGCCCUCUUCCUCUUCGUGACGGGGGACGAAGCCAGUCGGAUAUGUGGUUUCUCGGGCACCCAGCUGGCUCUGUUCGCGGCUCAGUGUCGACAGAGCAAACAGAGACGAGCCCUGCGCUGUCUGCCUCGCUGGUCCCUGCCUUGGCUCGUCUUACUGGUCGAUUUGUUCCUUCUUCCUAGCGCGCCAGGACUUCUGCACUUCUACGCCAUCUGCCUGGGGCUUAACUACAGCACUGAGUUAAUUGAGAUCCUGCAGCGGAUCGAGGGUCUCGGCGUGUGCUCCUGCCUGCCAGCGUGGCUCUACGUCUCCAAUAAAUAUCAACUACCAACCCACAUCAGCCCCACACAGAGAUCUUUACCUCAUGCCGAGUCUCAUGCGGGACGCGUCGCUUCUACCAGCAGGUCCCAGUUGGAGGAUCACACACGCCCCCAACCGUGGACACACACCGCGCCCGAGUGGCAACGAGAACCUGUUAUGGCGACCGACGAGCAGCUAUUGGACGAGGAGUUGCUAAGAGCGGGGAUACUGGCAUCGCUGCGGGACGCUCCUGAAGGCACAGCGGAUAAAGUGGAAGUCCAGAAAUCCUCGGUUUCUUCAUUGAGGCUGCAGCAGCUGGAGAAGAUGGGCUUCCCGAUGGAGAAAGCCGUGGUGGCUCUGGCCGCGACUCCGCACCUGGACGGAGCGAUUUCUCUGCUGAUCGAUGACCAGGUCGGUGAGGACGCUGUGGUCGUCUCUAAAGGGAAGAAAGCACCGAGCAUGUGACCCGGACACGCUCAGGGACAGUGUGGACAACAUCCCAUAAUACACACAUGAACAAAAUCUAAUAAUACGAGUGAUAUCAGACUUUUUAUUUCUGCCUGUUACGCCUGGAGCUGAGAAAACUGAAGUGUUAUUUAUGGUUCUAUAAGAGUGUGUGUGUGUGUGUGUGUGUGUGUGUGUGUGUUGGAGCAAAAAGAUCAGAAGGUUGUUAAAUAAAAAAUAUAUAAAUAAUUUCCAUGUGUUGAUAAUAUCUAUAAAAAUAAUCUUCAGUAAAUAAAGAAAUAAAUACAUAAACUCAGGCAAUAAAACCUUAGAUAAAUAAAUACAUAAAUUUCCUGAAAAUAAAAUAUUAAAACUUUCAUUUAAUUUUUAUUAAUUUAUGAAUGUAUACACAGAAGGAUAUACUGAUGGAUUUAUUUAUGAAUUAUACAUAUGAGUUUAUUUCGUAUUUUAAGAAGAAUGUGAAACUUAUUAUAACUAACUUACAUAAAUUUAUUAACCUUUAUUUUGUAAUGUUGCGUAUUUCUGAGCUGGAUGACGGCUGUGUGUGUGUGUGUGUGUGUGUGUGUGUGUGUGAGGAGAAAAUUAAUAUUAUUAAUAUUUGUGGUUGGUUAAAGUUCUUUUAAAGCAAAGAAGCUGUAUAGAGGUGAGUUAAAUCAUUGUGUUUUUUGGAGUUUUAGUGACAGAUGAAGAUGAUGAUGAUGAUGAU